AUGGAAGCAGCACCGAAAAAAGGAUUGGGGGCUGGGGCACCUUCUCAUCGAAGAGAGUAUCGGAAGUUUCGGAAACCGGCAAAACCCAAUCCGCAAGUUUCUUGUAAAUUUUUCAUGACGCCCGAUGGAUGCAAAUUUGGAGAGAAAUGCAGGUUUGGGCACGAUCAGAGAAUUGAUAAUGUUGAAGGAAUUGAGAAUUUGAGCCUGGAGGAGAAGCCGAGCUCAUCUGUUGGCAUUUUUUAUCCGCCGGUGGUCACACAACCGCAAAAGGCAGCGAUUCCUCCUAUUUUGAAAUUGACAAAAGCGGAAUUGGGAAGUGAGCAGCAGAAAAACUUGCGGGAUGCCGAAAUAGCGUUUUUCAAAAAACGAUAUCGCCACUGCAAAAUUGAGAAUAAUGAAACUGGAACCACAAUAUCGUUUAAAUACGAAACUACUGAUCCUGAAUGGAUUUUUGAGCUCAAGACCAUCCAUUUUUCGAUUCAUUUGCAAUAUUCACAUCCGAUCGAGCCACCAUUUGCUUUUCUGCCGGAAGAAUCCAAUAAUUGCAUUCCGGAAAUUGCCAGGGAAUAUAUUUCGCAAAUAGUUAAUGAGGCGUUCAAGGAGAAAUAUGAGCUUUUCGCGAAACGAGACGCGUUUGAGAAUAUUGGAAAAAAUUUGAUAAAAUGGCUUGAUCACUCGCUUUUUGAGAUUUUCGUUGCGGGACUCAAACAAACAAAAUUUACGAUACAGGCGGAAGCCAUUGGAAUGAAGCUGUACAUGCCUAAAAAGGCGGCUGAACCUGUAACCGAGAAGCAAGAAGAGCGAAUUAGCGAAGAAAACGAAUCUCAAAAUCAGAAGAAUAAUGAAAAUUCGAAAUCUGAAGCUGAAAAUAAUAAAGGGACUGAUGAGAAGUCUCCAUUUAUCCCAGUUGAUCACCUUCCAAUUGAUGUGGUUCUCAACUGGAAAAAUUUGAGUGGAAAUGUUGGAACUAUCAAGCCAGUUUGUCUGAAAAUUAUUACCAAAUGUUUGAGAUGUUCAACGGAACGUGACACUGAGAAAAUCAAUUAUGGCGAACAUCACAAAUCAUGGUGUCAUGAAUGUCAUGCGUUGAUUGAACUGUCGAUUGCGACGAUUCGAUUCCGCGGCAACAUCGAUGAAUGCUUUGGAGAAGAUCGUCAAAUCGCCGCGUCGAUUCCGAAGCCCAAGAAACUUGUUGAAACGCGAAGUCAUAUUCAAGAAGGUCAAUCUCUUCCCGAUCUUGGCGCGUGUGAACACUAUAAAAAGAGCUAUCGAUGGUUCAGGUUUCCGUGCUGCGGAAAAUUGUACCCGUGUGACACUUGUCAUGAAAAGGCGACGAAUGGCGAGCACGAGAUGAAAGUUGCGAAUCGAAUCGUUUGCGGGCACUGCAGCAAAGAGCAGGCGUUUGUCAAGAACCAGCCGUGCGCCGGUUGCGGUGAAGGCACGACACGAAAGAAGACAUCGUUUUGGGAAGGCGGCAAAGGGUGCCGAGAUCCAACGAGAAUGAACAAAAACGACGCGCAUAAAUUUGUGAACAGCAAGAAGAAGACGGUGCCAAAAUCGAAGAUGUUCCAUAUUUGGGUGCUCAUCAAGCGUUCAUCAAGCCGUCCGACGUCUCCGAGAUUCUCCGAUGAGCGCAAGAAAGAUGAGAGCAGCUCGGAAUCGGACGAUGCCGACGACAACAACCAUGGUAACGCCAUCGGUGGAGCGAAUCAAGAGCAGAAUGCGGUCAUCGAUAGUCUCAGUGUUGUCGACAACAAACAUUAA